GCUGCGCGCGCACCGGCUCCUGGUUCCGCGGGGCUGGGCCUCGGGUCUCCCGCCGGCCCGGUGACAGCUGGGCCCGGCCGCCGCCUGGCGCCGCCCCUCCCCCGCCCCGGCGCUGCGGGUGCCGCCUGCGGGGCUCGAUGCCAGUCGGCCACGUCCGGGGCAGGUUUUUGAGUCCCCCGACCCGGAUCGCGACUGUCUUUCCCCCUCCCUGCCCCAUCGCUGCUCCAGCCCCAGGAUGCAGAAUGUGAUCAACACGGUGAAGGGAAAGGCUCUGGAAGUGGCCGAGUACCUGACCCCGGUCCUCAAGGAAUCAAAAUUUAAGGAGACAGGUGUACUCACCCCAGAAGAGUUUGUGGCAGCUGGAGAUCACUUAGUCCACCACUGUCCGACAUGGCAAUGGGCUACAGGGGAAGAAUUGAAAGUGAAGGCAUAUCUACCAACAGGGAAACAAUUUUUGGUAACCAAAAAUGUUCCAUGCUACAAACGAUGUAAACAGAUGGAAUAUUCAGAUGAAUUGGAAGCUAUCAUUGAAGAAGAUGAUGGUGAUGGGGGAUGGGUAGAUACAUACCACAACACAGGCAUUACAGGAAUUACUGAAACAGUUAAGGAGAUUACACUGGAAAGCAAGUGCCAAGAACAAGACUGUGCAUUUCAUGUGCUUUCUAGUCUUCACAAGGACAGUAUAAAACUUCAAGAUUGCUCAGCACUGUGUGAUGAGGAAGAAGAGGAAGAUGAAGGGGAAGCUGCAGACAUGGAAGAAUAUGAAGAGAGUGGAUUGUUGGAAACAGAUGAGGCUACCCUAGACACGAGGAAAAUAGUGGAAGCUUGUAAAACUAAAGCUGAUGCUGGAGGUGAAGAUGCUAUUUUGCAAACAAGAACUUAUGAUCUGUACAUCACUUAUGACAAAUAUUACCAGACACCACGGCUAUGGUUGUUUGGCUAUGAUGAGCAACGGCAGCCUUUAACAGUUGAGCACAUGUAUGAAGACAUCAGUCAAGAUCAUGUGAAGAAAACAGUGACCAUUGAAAACCAUCCUCAUCUCCCACCACCUCCUAUGUGUUCAGUUCACCCAUGCAGGCAUGCUGAAGUGAUGAAGAAAAUUAUUGAGACAGUUGCAGAAGGUGGGGGAGAGCUUGGCGUUCAUAUGUAUCUUCUAAUUUUUUUGAAAUUUGUACAAGCUGUCAUUCCAACAAUAGAAUAUGACUACACAAGACACUUUACAAUGUAGUGAAGAGGACAUAGAGUGUAUCCUAAUUACUGCUUCUGAUUUUUAAAGAAUUAAUACAUAGAUGUGACCAUUGACCAUAUUUACCAAUAAGUGUAAUUUCUCUAAUAAAGGGACUUAUAUGUUUAUGCAUUAAAUAAAAACUGUUCCACUACCAGCCUUAUUUGUUUAAUAAAAAUGAGUGUGAAGAAA